AACUUACAUGAAUUCCAUGUAUUGAAGUUUAUUAAUGAUCAUGUUUCACAGCAAUAGCAUAAGCAAAUGUCAAUGCUUCUACAAAUUAUAAACUGUUAAUAUCUAUUUUUGUAUAAUUGUUCUCUCUGUUUUAGAUGUUGAGUAUUGCUAAUUUCCAAAAUGUCAGUGCUCAACCCCCUGCAUAUUUGGUCUAUGUUCACUUAUCUUUUCAAUCAUUUGGUUGCCAAAGAAUCAAGGAGUUUUAAUUUUUAUUUGUUUUUUUAAUGAGCUUCAAGUCAAUAAAAUUAUUGAAUGUCACCUCUAUGAUGUAUUGCACAUAAGAUGCUUUUCCAUUAAAAUUUAGCCUUAUAUAAAGGACAUAUAUAUUUGGUAACAAUUGUAAUCGAGAACUUUCAACUGGUACUUUCUCAUGUUUUUAGAGUUUUGCAUAUUUUUAAUGGAGCUUUCUUCAGUGGGGAAAGAAUAAUCUGGACCUUGAAGGACCAGGUUAUAAAUUUAAAUAAUAAAAAAUGCAUGGGUUGGUUCACAAAUAAAGCAGAAUAACGGUUGAGAGGAAUUUGAAAAAAGUUUAGAAUUUCUUAUUACAAGAAAGCACCAACGGCGCGUCAUGGUGGAGGAGAUCUGCACGGUGUCAUCGCUGCGUCGUCUUCUCCGGCAAGUUCUGCCGCUUGUUCUGCUUUUGCUCCGGCGGAUGUGAAGCACUCGGAGCACAGUUUGGGCGUGGACUCAGUGCCGCUGGCUGAGGAGAUCUGAGAGAAGAGCAAAACAGAGAGAUUCAGAGAGGAGAGAGAGCUCGCCUCGCCGUCGUCGUUGCCGUCGCCACCGCAGUUCAUCGCCUCUCCAGAUCUGGUCGCAACGCCCAAGCCUCUGAGGAUGUUCCAUUACGACCUCCUCGACGAGACGCAGAACAAGCUCGAUUACAUCCUCUCUCUCUCACUGUCGAGAACUUCCUCGAGUGCCGUCUCCAUAUUCUCGUCUUCAAGUCCGGCAUGGCCAAGUCCAUCUAUCAGUGCAUAUUAGAUGAAGGAUGAUUUCAAGAAGUGACACAAAUUUUACUCUGAGCAGCAUUUUCACAGGCCACAGAGGAGGUUCAUUGAACUGGAGGCUCUGGAGAAAAUCAUACGGGAAAGAAUAGGUUUGUUAUUUGCUUUGGACAUCUAAAUUAAAGCAAUAUAGUUUUACUAAAGAUACUGAAUUAGACAUGCUUUGGACAUCUCACAUGUUUAUUCAGAUUGAGAAUUGCUAGUGAAAAUGAAAUCAGUAAACCUUGUCCCCAACCUGAUUUAUUCAGAUUAGAGCAUUCAUUCAAGUCUUGUGUGUUGUGUUUUGAUUCUUCCAUAUUCAAUAACCUCUCUGAUUUGAACCUGGUAAUUGUGAAAAAGGGUGACAAUGAUUUAUCAGGCCUGAUAAACAUUGAAAAGGGUUACGAUUCUCGAGCAGUGUGUUCAGGAUGGCAGAACUCUUAGCUACGAACUCUUGAUCUAGCUGUAAAAUGCGAUUCAAAUGUUAUAAGAUAGUAAGACACUAUGUUUUUUCUGGGUUGAGUUUUGGGAUCUUUGUGAAAAUGAACCGUGUUUGCAGGUAUCAUUUUGGAUGUCUGAGAAAGGAUACUCUACCCAUUAUGCAACUUGAAGAGAACACACAAGGCUUGAACUGGCCUAGUUCUUUCGAGCAACAAAGACAGAGAACAGGAGACCUAGACUUGCUUGAUUGGCUUAAAGCCAUGUUUGGUUUCCAGAGGGACAACGUCAGGAAUCAGAGAGAGCAUUUGAUUCUGCUUCUUGCUAAUUCUCAUAUAAGGCUACACCCUAAACCUGAGCCUCUAAACAUGCUUGAUGAUCGUGCUGUUGAUGAAGUGAUGAAAAAGCUUUUUAAGAAUUAUAAAAAAUGGUGCAAAUUCUUGGGACGAAAACAUAGUUUACGACUUCCUCAAGGUCAGCAAGAGGUGCAACAGAGGAAGUUGCUUUAUAUGGGCUUGUACCUUCUCAUCUGGGGUGAGGCGUCUAAUGUUUGCUUCAUGCCUGAGUGCCUAUGCUACAUAUUUCACAACUACUUGAAAUUUAAUGGAGAUAUGGAGGAGACAGAGGAUUCGAUAAGGUUACUCAGCAGCAAGAUUAUUGUCUCCCUGAAUCAAAUGUGCCUGCAAUUGAUGUGCUGGGAGGCGAUUCACAUAAACAAAUUGGUGAAAUUUCAGAGCCAGAGGAAGAUGGGAACACAAACAACCCUGACUUCAAGCCCGAAGGUGUUGGGGUGUUCGAGGUCAUCUUAAUUGAGCUAGUCACAAUACUGCAGGUCCGAUGUCACGACGAAGCUUGAAGCUGAUCAAUCUUGCUAUUUUUUUUUAAUUAAUCAGACUAGUAUUUUGUGGAUUAUGUUGGUAUAUAAAUUUUUAGGAAUUCCGUUAUCUGAUGUACUCAUUCUAUUCAAACAAGACACUAUGAUUUUUGAAGCACUAUUACUAUUAAGGGUGAGUUUGGCAAACACGUUGAGAUGUUUGGCAACUUUA